AGAACUCACUCCUGAGUGCAAAGGCAAUGAAUGUCAGGCACGCUGGUAAAGGACCACUAGAAUCCAGCAGCCCAGACCCCUUUCUUUGUGGUCAAGAAGGGCAGAAAAACAGGUGCAGGACUGCUACAUCGGGAAAGGAAGAAAAUCCUACUGCCUUUCUGGAGAGACUAAGGGAGGCAUUGAGGAAGCAUACCUCUCUGUCACCUGAAUCUAUUGAAGGCCAACUAAUCUUAAAGGGCAUUGGAACCUUGAAAAGACAAAUAAGCUUUGCCUUCCUUCCUAGUUCAUUAUGAACAAACUAUCAACAAAAACCAUCCUGUUCAGCCAGUUUCUCAGAGCAACCAUGGGAGUCACAGCAGUUCUGUCACCAUGAAGGGGAUCUGCUCAGACGCCAUCCUUGUUCUAGCUACCUCCAUGUGGAUGGCCUUUGCAAUUGACUUCCCCCUUCCUAUGGCCUCUGAAAGAGGUCAGCUAGACAAAACAAUAGUUGAAUGCCUCAAGAAUGUAAAUAAGUGCUGGUUUUUAUCCUACAUCAAGCCCAGUGAACCUAUUUGUGGCGGUGACCAGGUUACCUACAGUAGUGACUGCCAUCUCUGCUCCAAAAUUCUAUUUGAAGGGCUUAACAUAACUAAACUGUAUGAUGGACAAUGUGAAAACUCUUGAACGUACCACAAAGAAUUAUAAAACCUACUGAAUCUCCAGAUGGCCAAGUGAAACACAAUGGUUGCCUCUUCAAAUAUAUCCCCUUUAAUUACUAAUGGUUGGAUCAAACUCGUUGAUUUAUGUCUUCAAUAAAUGAUUCUUAGCAGAAAA